CUCUGGUACAGCCAAGGAACGUAAUGGUGUUUUCUCCUCCGUCACUGCUGUACGGGGCUCCGGCCCGGUGUCCGACCAGCCCCCCGCUGCUGAGAAGCGUGUGAGAAAUGUGUCACCCGUGUGUGGCGGAGCUGAGAGACUCCAUCUUUAAUACAACAGAUAAACCAUCAUGAUUCCCAUCACAGAGCUCCGGUAUUUUGCCGACACGCAGCCGGCGUACCGUAUCCUGAAGCCAUGGUGGGACGUCUUCACCGACUACAUCUCGGUGGUCAUGCUGAUGAUCGCGGUGUUCGGCGGCACGCUGCAGGUCACGCAGGACAAGAUGAUCUGCCUGCCCUGCAAGUGGGUGGUCAACAAGUCCUGCGAGACAAUGCCGGUCCCGAACGUGAGCGUCGCCUAUGCACCGGAACCGAAAGGCAUCCAGUACGACCUUGACCGGCAUCAGUACAACUACGUCGACGCCGUCUGCUACGAGAAUAAACUGCACUGGUUUGCCAAAUAUUUCCCCUACCUGGUGCUCCUCCACACCCUCAUCUUCCUCGCCUGCAGCAACUUCUGGUUCAAGUUCCCCCGCACAAGCUCCAAACUUGAACACUUUGUCUCCAUCCUCCUCAAGUGCUUCGACUCGCCAUGGACAACCAGAGCUUUGUCCGAGACCGUGGUGGAGGAGAGCGACUCAAAGCCCCAUGGUAAAAUGAACGGCUCCAUGGAUAAGAAGGCCUCCUGCGUGAGCGAGGAUGUGGAGGCCAGUGUCCCCAUGCUCCAGCGAACAAAGUCCAGGAUUGAACAGGGGAUUGUGGAUCGCUCUGAAACCGGGGUUUUGGAUAAAAAAGAAGGGGAGCAGGCGAAGGCUCUUUUUGAGAAGGUCAAGAAGUUCAGGAUCCAUGUGGAGGAAGGGGAUAUCGUGUACCGCCUCUACAUACGGCAGACCAUCAUCAAAGUCAUCAAGUUUAUACUGAUAAUUUGCUACACGGCUUACUAUGUGCGCUACAUCAGGUUCAGUGUGGUGUGCACUGUGAACAUCCAGAAGCUCACGGGCUACAGCACCUUCUACUGCGCUCACCCGUUAGCGACUCUCUUCAAGAUUCUGGCGUGUUUCUACAUCAGCCUGGUGGGGGUUUACGGUCUCAUCUGCAUGUACACUCUCUGCUGGAUGCUCAGCCGCUCCCUCAAGCGGUACUCCUUUGAAUCGAUCCGUGAGGAGAGCAGCUACAGAGACAUCCCUGACCUGAAGAAUGACUUUGCCUUCAUGCUGCACAUGAUAGAUCAGUACGACCCUCUGUACUCCAAGCGCUUCGCCGUGUUCCUGUCCGAGGUGAGCGAGAACAAACUGAGGCAGCUGAACCUGAAUAAUGAGUGGACACUGGAGAAACUGAGGCAACGCAUCACCAAGAACUCGCAGGAGAAGCUGGAGCUGCACCUCUUCAUGCUCAGCGGGAUCCCAGACACUGUUUUUGAUCUGAUCGAGCUAGAGGUACUAAAGCUGGAGCUCAUCCCCGAUGUUACCAUCCCACCAAUCAUCGCCCAGCUCUCCAACCUCAGGGAGAUGUGGCUCUAUCACACACCGGCUAAAAUUGAGGCUCCAGCUCUUGCUUUUCUGCGAGAGAACCUGAAGUCUCUUCACAUUAAGUUCACAGACAUCAAGGAGAUCCCCCUGUGGAUCUACAGCCUGAAGAACCUCAGUGAGCUGCACCUCACCGGGAACCUCAGCGCCGAUAACAAUCGCUUCAUCGUCAUCGAUGGGCUCCGCGAGCUCAAGAGGCUCAAAGUGCUGCGUCUGAAAAGCAACCUGACCAAGCUGCCACAGGUGGUGACAGACGUGGGCGUGCACUUGCAGAAGCUCUCCAUCAACAACGAGGGCACCAAGCUGAUGGUGCUCAACAGCCUGAAGAAGAUGGUGAACCUGACGGAGCUGGAGCUGGUCCGCUGCGACCUCGAACGCAUCCCGCACUCCAUCUUCAGCCUGCACAACCUGCAGGAGAUAGACCUGAAGGACAACAACCUGAAGACCAUCGAGGAGAUCAUCAGCUUCCAACACCUGCACCGCCUCGUGUGCCUGAAGCUCUGGUACAACCAGAUCGCCUACAUCCCCAUCCAGAUCGGCACGCUCACCAACAUGGAGCGGCUGUACCUGAACAGGAACAAGAUCGAGAAAAUCCCCAGCCAGCUGUUUUUCUGCCGCAAGCUGCGCUUCCUCGACCUGAGUCACAACAACCUGACCAGCAUUCACGCUGACGUCGGCUUCCUGCAGAACCUGCAGUACUUCGCUGUCACAGCAAACCGGAUCGAGUCGUUGCCCCCGGAGCUCUUCAAGUGCAAGAAGCUGCGUACUUUAAAUCUGGGCAACAACUGUCUGCAGACGCUGCCAUCGCGCUUCGGGGAGCUGACGGGGCUGACGCAGCUGGAGCUGAGAGGGAACCGCCUGGAGUGUCUGCCGGUGGAGCUGGGCGAGUGUCGGCUGCUGAAGAGGAGCAGCCUGGUGGUGGAGGAGGACCUGUUCAACACGCUGCCUCCGGAGGUCAAGGAGCAGCUGUGGAGGGCCGAUAAGGAGCAAGCCUGAGAGGAGUCUGAUUUUAGGAAGUAAUCAAGAAGGGAAUUUUUGUUUGUAAAGGCGGGAAAACCCUUGAGAGUUUGCCAUGUUUUUUGGUGGUGCUUGGGAUGUCAAAUCUCCUCCGAGGAUGUCUUAUUGGAAGGAAAGAUGCUUCAGUAAGGCGGCUUUUCUGCAAUCAUAUACUGAAUGUAAGGGUACAAGCAGGGGAUGUUGAAGAUGCCUGCUCCUCAAGGACGUGGCCUGAGAAAAGCUGCUAUAACAUGUUUUUUGAAGGUGCUAGGGAGGUCAAAUUUCCUCCAAGGAUGUCUUUUCGGAUCACAAGGAAAGACAUUGCCAGUGACAGGUGGUAUUAUAAUGUGUGUUUUUUUUGUAACGCCAUCCUGAAUAUUAAGAUGCAAGCAGGUACGUAUGCAUGCCACUGAAAGACCUCACUGAAGAAAACCUGUUAAAGAAAGAGAACCAAAAAAACACGGGAUUCAACCUUUUUCUGCUGAUCAUGGGAAACAUGCACACAUCAGACGUGCUCACAGCAGUGUUUGCCUGACCGUCCUCUGGCCUUGAGACUCAAAAUAUGAACAUUUUUACAACGACAUUUGCAGUUUCUGGCAUAUGUCAGCAAAAUGUUAGUGUGACUGACAGCCAAUCAGUGGCGACAAAAAGGGUUUUCUUAAGGGUCUAAAACGUACGCCCAACUACUCCAAUGCCCUUUUUUAUGCGAACAAAGUAACACAGCUCAUCAGCGGAUCACACAGCCAAGGCCUUAACUUGAAAGACUGAUUAAAGGACAUAAGGGAACAUUUCUACAGUGCAAUGUCUAACCCUGCAGUUGUUAAUGGAUAACGCAGGCCGUGUGGGAGCAGCGGGGGAGCAAUGCCGCGUUCUUGUUGGACUUUUCAUUUUGCCUCUCUUUACAAUCAUGUCCUAUUUCGAUAUAUUUAAUUUGCAUGAUUCCGCUCACAUUACUCAUGUAAAGUAUAUUGUAAUUAGACCUUUACUUUAUUCCAGAUUCACAACAUGGUGCUUUUAAGCACUACCCAACAUUGGUUUUGAUUCAGCAUUGAAGUAAAACACAGCCUUUGAUUUGUUGUUUUGUUCAAGACUUUAUUCCAGAGUCCUUGUGAAACAUGAAGCUGCAGUCAAAGAUCUUCAGUGACCUUUGUUCAAAUGAGGCGGAUACAGGUUGUUUCACUGUCUCGAUUGUACAAACACCAGGUGUCCCCUGCUGACAGGAAGGAAGAGUCCCUGUGCUAAAGGUACAGGAUCAAAAACAGUUGAUUUAUUUGUCUUUGUUAAAAGGACAGUUCAAAGCAGAAACACAUAUUUGACCUCCAACCUGUACUGCUUUUUCAAUCUAGAUUAUCUGUGUGAUUUGCCUGAGAUCAUAGGGAUGGCUGCACUUGGCUUGUGGUGCUAAGAUGACAGCGUGAGACUUAUACAUUUAAGGCCUCCUCUUUUAGCUGAACUGUUAAUAAGUUCCUAAAGGUUUUAAACAUUAUCUUGAGUAGAGAUAAGAAAAUCCUAGAAAUGUGUUCAAUUUAACAAAAAAUUGAGGCGUCAAUUUGUCAAAUAAAUUAAUAUUCCAAGUUUUGUAAACGCUACGACAUGGGAAGGAGGAUUUUAUGAUUUUAGACUUAUUUAGGAUUGUUUGUUUUGCUGCAACAAAACAUGUUUCCCAGUUUGGGAUUAAUAAUCUUAUUUUAUCUUAUUGUCUUUAAAAAAUUCAAAGAAGCUAGUAAAAUAUAUUUUUUAAAGGAUACACCAAAUGCUUCUUGCAUUAAAUACACGCAGAUCUGAAUAAUUGAAAAGAUGCAAGUAAAAUUAGUCAUAAAUUGAAUUCCAAGUUGCAAAAUUCUAAAAUCUCUUAAAUGUAACCUGGUCAGGAUUUCUAGAAAACAAUAUGAUUUUAUGAGUUUGGUGCAGUAAAACUGGUUGACUCAAACCAAAACAAUAUAGAUCAGCACUACAAGUAAGAGGAACACGUGUAUUAUUAAAAUGAGCUUGAACUAUCUCUUUAAAAUGUAUGCAAGCUUGCACAUUGCUUAUCAAACAACCAGAAGAUAAUUAAGACUAAUGAAACAAGGUGGAAUCAUGGUACUUUUUAAUGUAUUUUUAUGAGUAUUACCUCCUGCAGGAGUCACACAGAGAGUGUAGUGACUCAAGCUCUCCGAUGUUUGUACAUUUGCCUCUUUAUUUAUCAUGUCAGUUUACUCGAGGGUAAACUGGACAUUUGUCAGCUAUUUGUUUAUCCAUUAGAGAGCGAGAUGAGGAUAAAUGGGAAACUGGUUCUGACCGACCUACAUGAGAGCAACACUUAUUCCCAGAGAGAGUAGGACCAAUGUGUAAUUUCCACAUUCACGGUCCAAAUGAGUGCAGCAUGUGCUUGAAACACUUUUCCUGUUAAGAUGUAGGGUUUAAUAGCAUCAUUUGGAGUAACCCUGCUAUGUUAACUCCAGCCAGGCAUCUCGUUGCUAAUAUGGCCUUGUGUUUUACAAGCUGUACGCCCCGUUAAUGAUCACAAACAUCACUGUUGUAAAAUGUAUAGCAGAAAUGUUUAAUGUCUUUGUUUCAUGCAUAUGAGUUGUAUGGUAUGUGGUCUUAUUGUUACCAGCUGUUUCUCUUUGAUUGUACCUUCUUCUUUUUUUUCAGGAUAUUCAAGGGAACUUUCUGUAAUAAUACAAUUGCACCUUUGUUCUUCACAGUGAAGUGUUUCACUGAGGCCCCCGGCUGAAUCCAAAUGCCCUUCUAGGGGUCAUUAGUAUAAACAGCUUCAGUCAGACUGUUGUUGACUCCAUCCAGUUUUAAGCUUGUGAACAAAGGUCACAGACAAAACACAACCACCAGAGAAACACCAUCACUUAAAGGAAACCUCCGCUUUUCUAGCAUGCAUGCACUUUCCAAACAAUAUCAUGAUUUUAAAAGGCUUUAUUUCUUUGCACUAAUUUCAUUUGUGUGGUGCCAAAACUAGUUUUUAACUAUUGCAGAAAGUGAGCUGUUGGAUGCCAAACAAUAAUUGCACAUAUGCAAGUAUUGUUAAUUUCUAGCUCAAUUAUUUAGCAUUAUCUGGCUGUAGAUAUAAAGUAUCAGGAUGUAUUGUGCAUGAUUCCAAUGUUCAUCUGACACGGUAACGUGGCUGAUUUGAGUGGUGCAGUGCAGCUUCCAGUGCUGCUGACACUAAACAUCUGCUCCUGCAGCGCAGAGUCAUGUUAGGACGUUCAGACAAUGCCCGUCACUCUCUGUAUCCAGUGUCAUCAGAGGCUGGAUAGUCACCGCUAAAAAUACUUUUCUGACCCCAGUUCAACCUUCAAUGUAUGCUCAGACAGCAGUUUUAUUUAUCUUUAAGUUUGAGUGAGUCAUAGAAAUGUAUCUAAAGCUAUGUCUGGGAAGUUAUACGAACCUUGGAUUUGCAAGAAUUACUUUCAUAAAUCUCUUCCUCCGUCUCAGCUCUGUCAGGGUCGGUGUACGUCAGCAAGACACCUCUGCAGUCAGCCAAAUAUUUUUCAGUCACCUUUCAUCCUGCUUAUUUCUGGAUUUACAUCCACAGCUUAACAGAGUCACUUCCCCUCUGAGUCACAUUAAAAUCCUCCAGCCAGAAUCACGUUUCCUGCAAGUCAGCGUCAGGAAAUCAGUCUGGGCCGACGUCAGUCAGCUUAUUGUGGGGCCCCACAAAGAAGGAAGUUUAAAUGACUUACAGAAAGAUUACUUUAAAACUGUUAUGCUAGCACUUUAAUUUUGAUGAUUUCAAAUUUGUUUUUGGCGCAAAAGCGCCCAAAAAAUAGUGUUGCCUAUCCUGAAGUUAUUUUAAAAAUAGAAGAGUCUGUAUUCAUGUAAUAUGCCUUAAGAAGUAGUUUUAUUUUAAUGUAUGUGACAUUGAUCGUUUUAAAGGAUUCAAUCAUUUGGAUCUACAAUGUUUUCCUUUCCUGCUGAAAAAAGACAGAAUUUCACAACAAAAAAACCCUGACAAUCGAACACAGUGACAGUGGGGGUGAGCUCACGCACUGCUAGUAUCUGUAAUAUUUCUGUGUGCAUUUUUAGAAAAUUCAUCACAUCAUUUAAACUGCCAUGAAUGCAUUGAUCUAAUCUCCACCUAUGUAUAAAAUAUGUUUUAAAAUAUGAUUGUAUUUACUAUGUACGAUUGAUUCAGCUCUGUUCUGGUGCCUGUUGAUCGGGGGGGGUUUCACUUCUUCUUCUUCUUCAUUUUGCAGCAUGAGUUUGCUCAACUUGUGAACAUUAACAGCGACUGUUUUUGAAGAUAAACUGUAAAGUGGAUUAUUUUAAUCACACGUGAAAAAGCCUUUAUUCAUGAAUUGUCGCCGAGCGGACUGAACACCGGCCUUUUGAGCAGGAAGUCUUUCACAAAGAACUCCUGAACUUCAUUUAUAACCUUCAGACCCUACCUUUUGUACCAUUCUGACACGUGAUAAGGAAAUAAACACUAUUGCUCUUACAAAAUGUUAAAUCAUCAUCUGGAGGAAGGACUUUGCCUUGGUGUAUUGCAAACAUAGACACAGUAAAAGGAAUUAAAAUGGAAAUAAGAGCAAAUACUGAAGUAAAAAUGUAACUAAAAUAAAAAAGUACAAACAUUUUUCUACAAAAAAAAUUACAUUUUAGUGCGAAUGAUAUGUUCAUUUUGUCUGGAUUAAAGAGGAAGAGUUGUAUAGUUUAAGUGGCAGUAUUGUGCAGAUUUCUGCUAAAUUGUCAGAGAAAUGGGCAGAAAUGUAGAGAACAGAUAUAUAAUCAGUUUUUCAAAGAUUAUUUUAGAUGGUAAUGAUUUAGCACUUUACUGAAGAAUGUAUGUUAAUUACUCAGUAGUAUUUCUCUUUGUAGAUCUUCUAGUUGUAAAUUAAUGAAGAGGAGCAACAAAGUAUUCUAUAAAAAACAAAAAGCUUCUCAGAAUUAAAGACUUUUUCAUAUACUCAA